CUUCCUCUUCCGGACGAUUCAUGGGAGGAAGAAGGUGUGCAGAGCGGCUUUCAUGCUCUUCCCAGGCUCGAAGCAGCAGCUGUUAGUUGAGUUGAGGGCAGCAGGUGGGAGGAGAGUCCGGGAGCAAGUCGGGCUGUUCGGGUCUCUCCACGGCCUGGAAGCAGAGAAGCAACUGGGCUGAUCCGUGUCAGCUGCUGCUGCUGCAGGUUCCUUCCCUCCCCAAAUUUAAGCCCAUUGGUGGCUGCAGUUUUCCUUCUGACAAAGAAUAUGGCAAUAAGAACACUCAGGACAACUGGAAAUAACAAGCACCAUUGAAAAAGAAAAUGAAUCAAGCCAGAAAUCAAAAUAUUUUCCAUUUCCUUCAGAAAACCACACUAUUCUCCUCCUCCUCCUCCGGAAGUUGUUAGACAAAAGACAAAAUUAAAAAAGAUUUCAAGCCAGAAUAAGCAGAUUAUGCACAAUUCAAGGAUACAUUACAUGAAAAGUCAAGGGAGAUUAUUUUUCAUUCAGCAUUUCUGGAAGUCAGUUGGAGGAAAAGGUGAAUAGUAAAGCCAUGUGGAGCAGACAGUAAUAUAGGCCUCUCCCUGUGAGGAAGAAAAUGGCUUGAAUGAAAGCACCACUAAACAAGGCAUUGUCACAAUUCCAGUCUGGUGAUACAUCAGUGGCUUGACUCCAGGAAGAAACUGUAUGGGUGUCUAGAUAGUGGGAAAAGCUUCAUUAGAAAUUAUGAGACACCAAAGAACUCACACAGAAGAGAAACCCUUUCAAUGUCCUGAUUAUGGGAAAGUCAAAAUUCCAGUCUGGUGAUACAUCAGAGGAUUCAUUGCAGGACAAACCCUAUGAGUGUCGAGAUUGUGGGAAAGGUUUCAUUACAAAUUCCCACAUCUUGAGACGCAAAAGUACACACACAGGAGGGAAACCCUUUGAAUGUCUUAUCUGUGUGGAAAGUUUCAAUCAGAAUUCCAACAUGAUCCAGCAGAGGACUCAUACAGGAGACAAACUCUUUGAAUGUCCUGACUGUGGGAAAACUUUCAGUGAGAAUUCCAGCCUACUGAAACACCAGAGGAAUCACACAGGAGAGAAACCCUUUGAAUGUCCUAUUUGUGGGAAAAGUUUUAGUCGCAAUUCCCACCUGGUAAUACACCAAAGGACUCACACAGGAGAGAAACCUUUUAAAUGUCUUAUCUGUGGGAAAGGUUUUAGUGAAAAUUCCAACCUGGUAAUACACCAGAGGACUCACACAGGAGAGAAACCCUUUGAAUGUCCCAAUUGUGGGAAAAGUUUCAGACAGAAUUCCAACUUGGUAAUACACCAGAGGACUCAUACAGGAGAGAAACCCUUUGAAUGUCCUAUUUGUGGGGAAAGUUUUAGUCGCAAUUCCACACUGGUAAUACACCAGAGGACACACACAGGAGAGAAACCCUUUGAAUGUCCUAUUUGUGGGAAAAGUUUUAAUCGUAAUUCCCACCUGGUAAUACACCAGUGGACUCACACAGGAGAGAAACCCUUUGAAUGUCCUGAUUGUGGGAAAUGUUUCAUUACAAAUUCCAGCUUCAUGAGACACCAGAGGACUCACACAGGAGAGAAACCAUUUGAAUGUCCUGACUUUGGGAAAAGUUUUAGUUGCAAUUUCAGCCUCAUGAGACACCAGAGGACUCACACAGGCGAGAAACCCUUUGAAUGUCUUCAUUGUGGGAAAAGUUUCAGUUACCUUUCUAAUCUUGUGAUAUACCGGAGAACUCACAGAGGAGAGAAACCCUGUGAAUGUCCUGACUGUAGGAAAAGUUUCAGUCAGUAUUCCUACCUUGUGAUACAUCAGAGUAUUCAGCCAUGGAGAAAUCUUUGAACUGUCCAGAUUUCAAGCAGAAAUCAUCCCUUAUUGCACACAAAUAAAUAUUGCACACAAAUAUGAGGAAAUGUAAUUGAAUUUAAAGAGUGCUUGAAUUUCAUUUGUGAUCGCCCAUUGAAUGUGUAGGUGAGAGAUUGAUAGCUUGAAUUAUGUUUGAAAAUGGAAGCAUUUGUUUAGUUUACUUGAUUGUCAUUUCACCCCACACAACAAAAUCAAACACCAUCUUCAGUACACAUCAUGAGCAAUUUGUUCACCCAAAACUAGUAAAUCUUGAAAAAAAAUUAACAUAUAAAGAUAUUUUGUGGAAGGGGAACUAAAAACUAAAAAAGAACAACAGAAAAAGGAUGUUGAUUUAUCGUGGUGGCCACAUAUGCAAAUGCAAUCAAGAUAUGAAAAAAAUGUUAAGAUAUAUGGCUUUUAUAAAGAGAAAACAACAUUUGAUCAAAUACUGUUAGUGGUGGAUGAAAAGUUAAUCAAGAAAUUAUAUAAUUAUUAUUGUGGAAUUAUUUCUUGUGGAAGCGGCUGCUAUUUUGCCACACUGUACACACUGAUAACGCAGAGGAGGGACAAACCACUCUGUUUUGCUACCAUAACAUCAGGAAAAAAAAUGUGCAAUAGAAAAUGUCUCAUUUUUCAAAAUGCAUUAUGUUAGAAUUACCAGAAGCAUUUGACAUGUAAAUAAUGGGUAUUAUCAGUGUUGCUAUGAAUGUUAGGGCAAGGCAAGAGUCAAAAGAUGCCCAGAAUUGCCUCAAACUGAGA